AUGAUUAGUCAGCAAAUUCGCCCAUCCAGCGCUGCGGCGGUGGGGCUGGGCGCGUACGGAGCGCACGCGUUUAAGCCGGAGAACCCCGUGUAUAAAGAGGUGUGGCGGACAGGCAACCUCUACCAUCUCGUGCACUCUGCUGCUCUCCUAGCCUCGCCCUUAGUCAAGCGGCCUGACAUCUAUGGCAGCCUUCUUACCUUUGGGAUAGUUGCUUUCUCAGGCAGCUGUUACCUAUCAGCAGCAUAUGAGGAAAGAGCCUUGGGUGUUGGGGCUCCGUUUGGGGGAUUUGCCUUCAUUGGAGCUUGGCUUUCUGCUGCCUUCUGA